ACACAGCACCCGCCACCGCCGUGACUGAACGGCUGGGGAAGAGAGAGAGGGAGGAAGAGAGAGACAGAGAGCGGCAAGAGAGGGGAGAAACGGCCGGGGGACUGGGGGAUGAUUGCCGCAGACCUAGGGGGUAGACGGAAGAAAGUCGGAUGAAUCAAUUACCUUUUUUGAACACGCUCUUCCUCUGGAUGUCCCGGUGCAGAGACGGACCAGGGAGCUUGUAUUUGGGUGUGUUUUGAUCACAAGAAAACCCACCACCGUGCUUUUGAAAUCCACCGACUGGGAUCGGCUAAAGGGCAAGUGUGGACAGCCGGCAGACAAGGAGGAAGUGGGAACCUCGGGCUUGGACAGGGCCUGAUUUGAUACAGUGGUUGUUUUUUUUAGUAGAAGAAGAAAAAAAAUCUACUCUGUUUCAAGUCCAGCUGGACUGAGAGUAAGUGGAUUUUUUUUGACUUGAAAUGUGGAUUUUGAAGGAGGUCUGCGUUUGAAACAAGGGGGAUGUAAUAUUUUCUUCCUACAUCGGAGGGCAGUGGAUCAUGAAAAUAUAUCCCCACCCAAUACUACGAGGACACGCGCACACUGCUCCCAUUGAGGGCUCGAAGUCACCCGCUCAGGUCAGAUCAUCAUAGUCCAGCUAAUUGUAGUGGUCCAACGGUACCAACUUGAGAAGUCACUGCCUUUUGAGUAUUGACACUCGUGUCAGCCCACCGCUGGUCACGUGGAGGACUUUCACACACACUGAAACUGUAACUUUGUAUUUGUUUUCCUCAUAAGAGAAGUCUUGUUUUUUUUUUUUUUUUUACUUACAAAGUAUUUAUGCACAGCAAACAAGAUGGGCAAAAUGAUCUCAAAGAUCUUUGGCAACAAGGAGAUGAGAAUAUUGAUGCUUGGACUUGAUGCUGCUGGUAAAACCACCGUCCUGUACAAGCUGAAACUGGGACAGUCGGUCACUACCAUCCCCACCGUUGGCUUCAACGUGGAGACCGUCACCUAUAAGAAUGUGAAGUUCAACGUGUGGGAUGUUGGGGGGCAGGAUAAGAUCAGGCCCCUUUGGAGACAUUACUACACGGGUACCCAGGGCCUCAUUUUCGUGGUGGACUGCGCCGACAGGGACCGGAUCGACGAGGCGAAGCAGGAGCUCCACCGAAUCAUCAACGACCGGGAGAUGAGGGACGCCAUCAUCCUGAUCUUCGCCAACAAACAAGACCUCCCAGAUGCCAUGAAGCCCCACGAGAUCCAGGAGAAGCUGGGCCUGACCCGGAUUAGGGAUAGGAAUUGGUACGUUCAGCCCUCGUGUGCGACAACAGGGGAUGGACUAUACGAGGGCCUGACCUGGCUUACCUCAAAUUACAAAAAUUAAUGUUUCUCCCCUCACCAGCCUGGACACUUGGAUGCAAAAAAAAAAAUAGAAAUAAGUAGCUGAGAAUGGAAAAAAAAAAAAUGCAAUCUGAAGCAAUUAAUACCACAACCUCUCUGCUGAGUGUAUAUCAAAGAGAGUAGCAAUUAUAUUUUGUUUUCUUUUUCUUUUUGAUAAUGAUGACUUCACUAUAACCCCAGAUUUCAUUUAAACAAAAGACAAUUUAUUUUUUUUGGCUGUUUUUCUUUCUCUUUUUUUGUAGUUUGCUUUGGUUCACAUUCUGUAUAAUCAGUUCUGUUUAAAUAUACAUUACGCUUACUUUUGAGCUCUUUCGUUCGCCUCCUUUUUGUAUAAUUUCUUUUAGGGGUCUUUUGGGACACACAUGUAUACGUUUUGCCCCCCGCUUAGCUCUUAUUCAGUAUUCUCAUGACCCAGCUGCAUAUCCAAAGGAUGGGAAACUCCAGAAACCAUCGCCUACAUCAGCAUAUCCUUUUCAUGGCUCAAACUGCCGCUGUAAUUUGAACGACUGUGUGUUAUGGAUGUGUUUCUAAAUUGAUUGUAUUGGGAUCGUUGAGGAAAUGUGUUCGUACUUAUUUCCUGUGCCGUGGUCACAUCCAUCAUGUCUACCAUCGAGGUUUGUUGUGAAAGACACUAUGUGGACGCUGGAUAUUCACACACACAGACACACACUGUGAUAUGGAUAUAUGUUUUUGUUGUUUCAGGGUCUGAAUCUGUUACCACCAGUCUUAUUGCCGCCUCUUUUGUUUCUCCCAGAGCUUCCAUUACUGUUGAGCAUUUGUAGUUUCAGCUGCCUGAGGAGGGGCCCGGGUUACAGGUGCCCCAGAAUCCAGACAGUUACUGCGGCAGAAGGUGUUCUCAACUGCUGAGUUUGCACUUUGGGAGGGGGGGUGGUUACGAACUAGCUGGCUGUGCACAUUUAGAUUUUCUGUGACUGAAUUUUGGACCUCAGCAAUUGUUUACGAAAUUCCCAACCAUCUCCAAUGUAGGUGCUUCAGUAACUGCAACCCUUCUCCGUUCCUUUACAUCAUGUGUGUGUUAAGGUCCUGCAGACGCAUAUCAAAUCUCUGUUAAUACUUCAUAGACACUGCUCUGUUUUUAUUUUUUGCUAUGCUGAUGAAAUAAUAAAAAAAAUAUAUCCAGAUCA